UGCUCCCGGUUCGCCCGAUCCGGUGUGAACCGGCUGAAUACCACCACUGCAGCAGCCCCUUCCUCUCUGAAACAGGCCGAGCUGAUCAGCCGACAGGCGCAAGAGAAGUUUGAGCUGAGCGAGAACUGUGCCGAGAGAGCCGGUCUCCGGGGAGCACCGGGGGAGCAGCUGAGCUUCGCUGCUGGGCUGGUCUAUUCUCUGCUCCUUCUGCAAGCCACGCUCCACAAAUACGAGCAGGCCUUGAGUAAGUGCAGCGUGGAAAUCUACCGAAAAGUGGGCUUGCUCUAUCCGGAGAUGUGCGUGCACGAGAGGUCCCUGGACUUCCUGAUUGAGCUGCUGCACAAGGACCAGCUGGACGAGACGGUCAACGUGGAGCCCUUGACCAAGGCCAUCAAGUACUACCAGCACCUGUACAGCAUCCACCUGGCUGACCAGGCCGAGGACUGCACGGUGCAAUUGGCUGACCACAUCAAGUUCACUCAGAGUGCCUUGGACUGCAUGAGCGUGGAGGUCUGCCGGCUGCGCUCCUUUCUCCAGACCGGACAGGAGGCCUCCGACUUCGCCAUCCUCCUGAAGGACCUGGAGACUUCGUGCAGCGACAUCCGCCAGUUCUGCAAGAAGAUCAGGCGGCGCAUGCCGGGCACCGAGGCUCCCGGCAUCCCUGCGGCCCUGGGCUUUGGGCAACAGGUCUCAGAGAUCCUGCUGGACUGCCGCAAACACCUGACCUGGGUGGUGGCGGUGCUGCAGGAGGUGGCGGCUGCAGGGGCUCAGAUGAUCGCCCCCUUGACCGAGAACGAGGGCUUGCAGGCCGUGAAACUGGAGGACCUGGCCUUCAAGGCCAGUGAGCAGAUCUAUGGAGCGCAGGGCAUCAGCCCUUACGAGUGCCUGCGCCAGUCCUGCAACAUCCUCAUCGCCACCAUGAACAAGAUGGCCACCGCCAUGCAGGAGGGCGAAUACGAUGCAGACAAGCCCCAGACCAAGCCCCUUCCUCCGGUUCAGCUGCGGGCAGCGGCGCUUCGGGCCGAGAUCACGGACGCCGAGGGCCUGGGGCUCAAGCUGGAGGAUCGAGAGACCGUCAUCAAAGAGCUGAAGAAGUCUCUUAAAAUCAAGGGCGAGGAGCUCAGCGAAGCCAACGUGCGCCUCAGCCUCCUGGAGAAGAAGCUGGACAGCGCCUCCAAAGAUGCCGACGAGCGGGUGGAGAAGAUCCAGAGCAAGCUGAGCGACACCCAAGCGCUGCUGAAGAAGAAGGAGAAGGAGUUUGAGGAGACGAUGGACGCCCUGCAGGCGGACAUUGACCAGCUGGAGUCGGAGAAGCUGGAACUGAAGCAGCGGCUCAGCAAUCAGUCCAAGCGCACCAUCGAGGGCCUGCGUGGGGCACCCCCCUCGGGCAUCGCCUCGGUCAUCUCCAGCAUCGCAGGAGGUGGGUCCGGGGCAGCCUGAUCCGGAGCCUCCUUGCGGGCUGGGAAGCCGC